GUGGACGACCACCGUCGCCGCGGCGGUCCCAGCAAGAAAGAACGCGCGGAAGCGCUGCUGUCCGCGGGCUGGGGGAGGGGCUGCACGGCAGUGUCUACCGAGCCACCCUCGAACUAUGCUGCGCUAAAUGAGGCCCGUGCCUUCUGGAACGCCUCGCGGAAACAUCUUGAAACAACAGAGGGUGGGACAGGUGGCACAGGAUGGCCCGGCCGGCAGAUUUCCAGAUCCGCAAGCGAUGAGCUGCCGCUGGUGCUUGAGAACGCUCUGGUCACGGCGUGGACUCCUUGGACCUUCCAGCAGCUGUCCUCGCGGGACGAUGUGGUGCUGCUGUCGCCCUUCGGCCCCUACCGUCCCUUCGAUGGUCCCAAGCAGCGCCGAGCGCGGCUCUGGGAGUUCUGUCGCUAUGUGCAAGGAGCGAUGCCGCCUCACCACGACUUCCUGACAGGGGAUGGUCCCUGUUGGCAGCUCACUUGGCGUCCGCCACAAGCGUUGCCGCGCUUGGCCGAAGUCAACGAUUUACUGAGAAGCGAGGCGCUGCCUGAAGAGUGGGCCGAACUUUGGGUGGCGCCACUGGGCGCCCUUCGUCGCUUCGACCACUUGGCUGAGGAGACGGAGUUGCUAGUUGCCCCACUCGACGGCCUCGUAGACGUUGCCGUCACGGACCGUUCGCCGCAGGUUGCAUCUCCUUGUGAUGCCGAUGCUGAUCUCCAAAGCGCCCGACUCUCACCCGGCGAUACCUUGCACCUACCGCGCAACGCCUACUUCGCGCUGAAGGCCGGGCCAGGACUCCGCGGCGCGACCGCGGAACGCUUCGUUUCAGGCUGCGGCGGUCGCCUCGCCAUGGCUCUGCCCAGUCCGCAGAUUCCGGAGGAGAUGGCGGCCUUCGAUGAGGAGGAGAACGAGGUGCGCGGCACGUUGGUCUUCAAACCGCCCGUGGAGAUCCUGCCGAAGACGCGGCGCACCGAGGAAAUGCAGCGCAAGAAGCUGGAACUGCUGAAGAAGCGGAAAGAAGAUGCAGAGAAGCUGCUCAAAGAAAAGGAACAGAAGGAAAAGGAGAAACGACAGCAGGAGAUGCAGGUGAAGAAGGAAAAACAACGCCUGGAACUGCAAAAGAAGGAACAAGAACGCAAAAGGAGGGAAGAAGAAGAGCAGCGGAAGAAAAAGGACGGCGGCUUAGAUCGACUUCUGCACUCCCUGUUAGACAACAUCAGCGCCCCGGACAUCACAGCCUGCGGCAUCGACCUAAACCCGGCGCGGCUGCGGCUGCUGUGUAAGAAUCUCUCGGAAAACACGUGGCACGGCUGCAAGAUGGGGAUCGAGAAAGCUGGAUGGGAGAUCUUGGUCGGUUUCGAAUGGUGUGUGUUGUUGAUAUUGUUUAUAUGA